UGCUAAACUCUCCCAGCUAACCCCUUCCUCAUCACCUGAUACAACGAAUGCAGCUAGAACAAUACAAACAAACAAAAAUACACCCUAAAGAUAUGAAGCCUGUUAAAACGAGCCGAUGAGCUUUCCAGGAGGAGCCAGGGAGAGGUGAAGCCACAAGGAGGCUGAGGGCCCAUGGGAAGAGUUGCAAGAACAGGCUCUCUUCUCCAGAACCAUGCCAGAGAUGACAGAGAAUGAGACACCUACUAAGAAGCAACAUCGAAAGAAAAACCGGGAGACACAUAAUGCAGUGGAGAGACAUCGAAAGAAGAAGAUUAAUGCUGGAAUAAACAGAAUUGGAGAACUCAUUCCCUGCUCUCCAGCACUUAAGCAGAGCAAGAACAUGAUCCUGGAUCAGGCCUUUAAGUACAUAACAGAAAUGAAAAGACAGAAUGAUGAGCUGCUAUUAAAUGGAGGGAACAAUGAACAGGCUGAAGAGAUAAAAAAACUCCGGAAACAGUUGGAUGAACUGCAAAAAGAAAACGGGAGAUACAUCGAACUACUGAAAGCAAAUGAUAUUUGCCUGUAUGAUGACCCUACGAUCCACUGGAAAGGAAAUCUCAAAAAUGCAAAGGUCUCAGUUGUUAUUCCCAGUGAUCAGGUUCAAAAGAACAUCAUUGUCUAUUCUAAUGGGAGUCAACCCAAUGGAAAUAACCAAGGAGCACCUGUCCAGGGAAUAACGUUUAAUGUUGGUCAUAAUUUACAAAAGCAAACAGCCAAUGUUGUGCCAGUUCAGAGAACUUGCAACAUAGUGACUCCUGUGACGAUUGCUGGUAUUUAUCCCACAGAAAAUAAGCCAUGGUCUCAGCCUACAGUUUCUCCGCUGGCAUCUGCUCAGGCAGCUCCAGCAGGGCACAUUCUUGAGCUUUCCACUCCGGAGAAUGAGCAAGGUGUGCUCACCACUGCUGCUGCGAGCUCACAGAGUGCAUCUCAGUCUGGGACAGAACAGGAAUUACAGUGUUCUUCAAGUAAUGCACCACAGAAUGAUCAAAAUCUCCCCAAAAGUAAAAAUAAUGAGGAGGUCACUAAACCAACAAAGAAAACACUCCUGCAGGGAAUCAGCCUUCCUUCCAGUGCCUCUGUGGAAGCCUCCCAAGUUCAACAGGUGAAUGCAACUUGCUCAAAUACAAACAAUUCCAGUGACCUCCAGGAAAGCUGUGUCAUUUCAGCCACAGACACAGCUUGUGUGCCACCUGUGAGACUGUCUACUGCAGAUAGCUCUUCCUCUGUAAAUGUCCUGAAAAGCACAGAUGUAGUGAGCAGUGCUGGAGUGCCUGCGACUUCUGCAGCAGAAGGAGUUAAUAAGGCUGUGACGGCAAUAAGCACUCUGGCUGCCAGUCCCUUAGAGAACUGCUGGUCUUUUUCAGGCUCUUCAGGUGUUGGCACUUCAGACUUGAAAAACAUGAGUAGCCUUACACGGAUGCCUUCAACUGGAAACACGCAGACCACGUGGACCACUUUGCAGCUGGCGGGAAAUACUGUCCAGCCACUAAGCCAAACGCCAUCUGGUAUAAUGACUGCACUACUAAACGAGCCAGUUAAUGGUGCUGGUACUGUGUCUUCUGCUCAGAGCAGGCCUUUGACUACCAGUAUCAGUUUGAAUGCUUCUCUGCCUGGGGAUGGCCAGGCAGCUGAACAGAUUGUGGUUACCUUGCCCUCAUGCCCACCCUUACCUAUGCAGCCUUUAAUCAGCCAGCCACAGGUUAAAACUCAGGCUGCAGGAAAUAUCCUUCCAUUAAAUUCAGCUAUGCAGGUGAUUCAGAUGGCUCAGCCAGUCGCGUCAGCUGUUACAGGAGCACCAGCUAACCAGAAUGUCAUCAUUCUCCAGCCUCCAAACCCCACUCCGUGCCCUCCGAUUGUGAGAGCGGAAGUUCCCAGCCAAAACGUUAGUCAGCAAAUUGUAAUUAUACAGGCUGCUAAUCAGAAUCCUCUUCCUCUCCUGUCUGCUCAGCCUUCUGCUUCUGUAAGAGUUCCUGUAAACGGGCCGACUGCAGUCGCAAACUCUAGCAGCUCCAUGCAAAAUGCUUCUCUUCCACAGACUUUUGGAGGGAAACACCUUGUCCAUAUAUUACCAAGACCAUCUUCUUUGCCAUCUUCUAGCUCUACGCAAACAUUUUCAGUUACAAUGUCCAGUCAACAGCAUCCUCAGACUAUCUCAUUAAAUGGGCAGCUUUUUGCAUUGCAGCCUGUGAUGUCCUCAUCUGGAGCUUCAAAUCAAGCCCCUAUGCAAAUUAUUCAACCCACCACCAGCGAAGACCCAAAUACCAAUGUUGCCCUCAACACAUUUGGUGCUUUAGCCAACCUCAAUCAAAGCAUAUCGCAGAUGGCUGGGCAGAGCUGCUUACACUUGUCUCUCAGCCACCCCACCAAUCCCGCAACCAUCAAUAACCAGAUUGCCACAGUUAAUUGUGUGUCAUUACCAACUUCUGUGGCAUCUUCAGUGCCUGCAGAGGUUUCAGUACUAACCAGUGCAUCCAAUUCAAUAAAUGCUUCCCCCAAAAAGCCAUCUGCUGGCUUGCCAUCCAGUGCAAAAUCAAAAAGGACAAACAAAAAGCCGAGUACGAAGAAACAGCAAGCAGUCAAUAAUAAAGUGUCUUGCCCAGCAGUUCCUUGCAAAGAUGCAGGGAAGGUGGACUGUGUUCCUGUGGAAACAGUGGCAAAGCAUUCAAAUGGUGAAGGGCUGCUUGAAAACACUCCAGCAGUAUCUCAAGCUGUAACUACGUCACAGGCAAGCGGUGUGGCAGCAUCGAGUGGUGUCAGCAUUUCUGACUCUCAUUCCAAAGAGACUGCAAGCUCUGAACAGGCAGUGAAAAUGCCCUCUGUUCCCGAGCUGAGCUCGGCAGAGGCACCUGCUUCUUCACCACUGGAGUCCGUGGUGCCAGAGCAGCUGCCACUUGUCCCAUCGGCUCCCAAAGAUGCUGCUCCUCGCCAGCAGGCACCUGGGCCUCAGAACCACCCACCAACUGUCUCUGCCUUGUCGGAGUCUCCCAAACCUUGUGAACCCCCCAGCACCUUAACAUCCUCUUGCAGUGAAGCACAGGUGACACAUUCUCAGGUUGCUGGGACAUCAGCAGCACAGAGCAGCACAGCAAGUUCCAAGGCAGGAAUGAUUUCGGAAUCUUGCAACAUUGAGGAGGAUUCUUCAGUGGUAAUGCAAGAUGCAGACUUGUUAGAAGGACAGGGUCUAACCAAAAUGCUGUCUGAUCUCACAAAAGAAAGAACAGCUGUGGAAAAAACCUCUUCAUUUACUGUUCAGGGCGAGCAUUCUAAUUUUCCUAUGGAAAACUCCAAAUCAGCAGAAUCAAAUGUUGAUUUGCCCGAGAAGCAGGAACUCUUGCUAAUGAACUCUGAAGGUGACACUCUCUCCCAGCAUCACUCAUGCAUCUCUGAUCCAGAAGUAGUCAGUGCUUCCCUUAUUGCUAGCAGGCAGGCAGACUCCCCGAUGUCAACCAGCUCUGGCAGCAGUCGAGGCUUCUCAGUUGCAUCUAUGUUGCCAGACACCACCAGAGAAGAUGUCACAAGCAGCACAUCAACCAGUACCUGUAACAGCUGCACAUUUUCAGAACAGACUGACAUUGUAGCUCUUGCAGCCAGAGCUAUUUUUGACCAGGAAAACCUUGAGAAAGGUGGAGGAGGAAUACAGGUUAACACGAGGGAUGCUGUCUCUAAGUCAGCUGAGGUUGCACCGCUGGAGAGAGAGCAACAGCCUUUUAAACCUCAGUCAGUGAAAGAAAACAAUGCAGGGCCGUUGGAAGCGGCACCAAACAAAUUUGGUGCCCACGAUACAGCACCAGCAAAUGUUGAUAGGCAGGUUGAAAAGCCAAGCUGCUCCGUAGGAGGUGUGGAAACAUCGAACCCUUCUUUGCAGAUUUCCACCUCCCAGACACCAAGCAUAACCAGUCUAAGCGUCAAUAAUCUAAUACACCAGAGUCGCAUUGUCCAUCCCCUGGUGAGUUGCUCAAGUUUAUCCCAGCCUUCAGAGCCUGCAAGUGUCCCUGCAACUGUGAGCCUCUCCCUUCCAUCUAGCACGUAUAUCAAUCAGUCUCCAGGACCCGCUAUGAUGAGUGAAUAUGCUCAGGAACAACUGAAUGCCAUUAGGGCAAGCACCAUGCAGGCUCCCCAGCUGCAGGAGUCACACUUAAAGCAUCAAAGUCAUGAAGGUCGCAAAGACUCAGCCAAGCGGGCCGUUCAAGAUGACCUUCUGCUUUCUACAGCAAAGAGGCAAAAGCAGUGCCAGACAGCACCCAUAAGGCUUGAGGGGAUGGCAUUGAUGAACCGGACACCAGAGAGUAUUGCUGAUCAAACACAGAUGCUGGUCAGUCAGAUUCCUCCUAAUUCUUCCAAUUCGGUAGUGUCAGUAAGCAAUCAAGGACACGCUGAUGGUCUCAAUAGGUUAUUUCCAUCCAAUAGCAAUUUUGUAACACCAGCUUUGAGGCAAACUGAGGUUCAGUGUGGUUCUCAGCCAUCAAUUUCAGAGCAGCCGGGCCAGUCAGGGCAGCACUUGCAGCCAAUUCAACACGUUCCUUCUCAAGGCAUCUCUCACCUUCACAGUAAUCACCCAUACUUAAAGCAACAGCAGGCUGGUCAGUUAAGAGAGAGGCACCACUUGUAUCAGCUGCAGCACCACGUCACUCACGGGGAAAACUCAGUUCACUCUCAACCCCACAGUGUCCACCAACAGCGAACAAUCCAGCAGGAGGUGCAGAUGCAAAAGAAAAGGAAUCUCAUCCAGGGAACACAAGCCACACAGCUUUCCCUACAGCAGAAACACCAUGGAAGUGAUCAAACACGGCAAAAGGGUGGUCAGCCUCAUCCUCACCACCAACAAAUGCAGCAGCAGAUGCAGCAGCAUUUCGGAGCUUCCCAGCCUGAAAAGAACUGUGAAAAUCCUGCAACAAGCAGAAACCACCAUAACCACCCCCAGAGCCAUAUUAAUCAGGAUAUUAUGCAUCAGCAGCAACAAGAUGUUAGCAGCAGGCAGCAAGGUUCCGCUUCUGAACAUGUUUCAGGGCACAAUCAGAUGCAAAGACUUAUGACCUCAAGGGGCUUAGAGCAGCAAAUGGUGUCCCAGGCAAGCAUUGUAACCAGACCAUCAGAUAUGGCAUGCACCCCUCACAGGCAGGAAAGAAACAGAGUUUCCAGCUACUCUGCUGAGGCCCUCAUUGGGAAAACGCCCUCUAAUUCAGAGCAGAGAAUAGGAAUAUCUCUUCAAGGCCCUAGGGUUUCUGACCAGCUUGAAAUGAGAAGUUAUCUUGAUGUUUCUAGAAAUAAGGGGUUGGCAAUUCAUAAUAUGCAGGGCCGCUUAUCUGUUGACCACACAGUUGGCUCAGAUGUGCAGCGUCUUUCUGAUUGCCAAACAUUUAAGCCCACUGGACCCAAUCAACAACCAACGGGCAAUUUCGAUGUUCAGGCUUCAAGAAACAGUGAAAUUGGCAAUUCUGUGUCAUCCCUCAGGGGCAUGCAGUCGCAAGCGUUCCGAAUCGGUCAAAAUACUGGGCCUUCCAUAGAGAGACAGAAGAGACUGCCCUACCAGCCAGUACAGGGUAUUCCAACGGGGAAUACACUGCCAUCAAGGGAAAAUGAAAACACGUGCCACCAAAGUUUCAUGCAGAGUUUGCUCGCCCCUCACCUUGGAGAUCAAGUUAGUGGAAGCCAAAGAUCAAUCCCAGAGCAUCAAAGGAACACACAGUGUGGCGCCUCCUCCACAAUAGAGUACAACUGUCCCCCAGCGCGAGAGAGCGUCCACAUCCGAAGAGACGGUGAUGGCCAGAGUAGGGAAAGCUGUGACAUGUCUAUCGGGGCAAUUAACACAAGGAACAGUUCUUUGACUAUUCCUUUUUCGAGUUCUUCUUCCUCGGGAGAUAUUCAGGGUCGCAAUACAAGCCCAAACAUCUCUGUGCAGAAGUCCAAUCCCAUGAGGAUGACGGACAGUCACGGAACUAAGAGCCACAUGAAUACGCCCGUUUCUAGCAACAUGCAUGGAGUCGUGAGGCCAACUCACCCUCACCCUGCAGUUUCUCACGGAAAUGGUGAGCAAGGGCAGCCUUCUGUUCGUCAGCCAAAUUCUUCAGUUACUCAGCGGUCAAGACAUCCUCUGCAAGACAAUGGAGGUUCUAAAAUACGUCAACCUGAAAGGAAUCGAUCUGGAAAUCAAAGACAUGGAAAUGUUUUUGACCCUAGUCUUCCCCAUCUUCCCCUGUCCACCAGUGGCAGUAUGAUCCUUGGGCGCCAGCAGUCCGCAAUAGAAAAAAGAGGAAGCAUUGUCCGAUUUAUGUCUGAUGGCCCUCAAGUGUCUAACGAUAACGCAGCCCCUGACCAACAUACUCUCCCUCAGAAUUUUGGAUUCCCUUUUAUUCCAGAGGGUGGCAUGAAUCCACCAAUAAAUGCCAACGCCUCUUUCAUCCCACCAGUCACUCAGCCUAGUGCCACUCGAACACCAGCUCUAAUCCCAGUUGAUCCUCAGAAUACACUGCCAUCCUUCUAUCCACCUUACUCUCCUGCCCACCCUACCCUCUCCAAUGACAUUUCUAUCCCUUACUUUCCCAAUCAAAUGUUUCCUAACCCAAGCACAGAGAAGCCAAGUAGUGGAAGUUUAAAUAAUCGAUUUGGAUCCAUUUUGUCUCCUCCCAGGCCUGUUGGUUUUGCUCAGCCAAGUUUUCCUUUGCUUCCAGAUAUGCCGCCAAUGCACAUGACCAACACGUCGCACUUAUCCAAUUUUAACUUAACGUCUUUGUUUCCAGAAAUAGCCACAGCUCUUCCUCCAGAUGGUUCAGCAAUGUCGCCUUUGCUUUCCAUUGCAAACACAUCUGCUUCAGAUUCUUCCAAGCAGUCCUCAAACCGACCUGCACACAACAUAAGCCAUAUUUUAGGUCAUGACUGCAGCUCAGCUGUAUGAAAACCAAUAGACUGACUUCUAGUCUGAUGCGUUGUUUAUAUAUUUAAGAAGAAGAGAGUGGAGACCAUUCAUAGCAUCACUGUUUAUUUGCCUAAAUGUAUGUAUAUGGGUACUUUCUGUAUUUAUAUACAUGUUGUAUUUCCACCCACCUUACUAACUCUAAAGCACCAGUGCCUAAAGCAAUGCUUACUUACUAGUAAACAGUAAGGAUGCAACAUCAAGAGCUGUGCAAAUAUUGGUUGUUGAUUUUCCAACAAUCAAGUUUGAUGUCCGAUUGUUCCAAGGUAAGGGCCGCCCUCAGUAAUACAUGGAUGUAAAGAAAGGAGUGAGAGCAUCCGUACGGGAGAGAGGAAACAAGUGCUACAGGUGUCAGUUUGUUUCUGAUACGUUUACCUGAAACUGCAGAGGAACUUGAAGUGGCUUGGGUUUCUCUGCUGUAAAAUAUCUUCAGGAGCCUCAACACGAGUCAAGUCUGUGUUAACCCAGUGUUAAUUGAAAAAGGCAUUUGUUGUGCAGCUUUUGUCUGUUUUAAGCUUGCCAUAUGCACUUGAUUUAAAGCUGACUUUACCUGGUUAAAAUUACUAUGUGUUCACAUGGUCAGCAGUUUAAAAUACUGUUUUAGAAAAUUCAGAUCUCUUUAACCCAUAACUUUCCAUUUCUAAGAAGAAUUUGCUUGGAUCUGUUUUAACAGUGGCCUCAGUUACUGCUGAACUCAGUCAACGUUUUAACGUAACUUACGACUCUUUCUGGUGCAGUCAGCAGAGACAGCAGCUGUGUUUGUUGCUAUUUCAUUGUUCAUUGCCGCAGGUUACCUCAGGGUGUGUUCUGUACCUUGGUUAGCACCUUCUUAAUGUCCUUUUCUUUUUUCCCCCCUCUCCUUUUCUUUGGCCCAUGCUCAAACACCAGCUUUCUGGUUUCUGUGAGUGACAGCCCAACAGCCCUUUGUUGUACCAGGCAGCACAUGGGAGGAGGACUGAGCUUAUGGCAUCCCACAAAAUGAGUGGGGAUCCUUGGGGGGCAGUGUUCACUGGAUAUUGCUGACCGGAUCGAGCCCGAGUUAUUAUCAGUACUCUGCACUUGAAUGCACCUUUUAUCUAAACCUGUGUGAUUGUGGCUGAAGGAGGAACAUGGAUGUGUCGAGAGUGAAACAUACCAGGAAGACAUUGGGAUUUGUGCACCACAAGGAAGGACAAUGUGUUUGUUCAUGUGUGAGAUAUGGAGUGAAUGUGUGUGCACUGGCUGAGUCUCCAGUAUUUUCACAAAUUUCAGUCCCAUUUCUUUUAAAGGAAAGGGAAGAGCUAGGUAAAUUGUAUUUAUUUAAUGGAUCUGCACUGUGCUUUUUCUUCAAACAAGGCAGAAAUAUUUGUCUUUUUAUGUGCUUGGAAAAAAACAUUCUGCAUUUGAUUCUUCAAAUAACAUAGUAACUUCAGGUUCCCUUGUAUGCAGUCCUUCCCCUACCAGCUGCAGAGUGACAAAACCUGCUCCAGGGCCUCUCCUCUGGGCAGGGUAAGCUUGAAAUGCUUGUGUGUUGCCCACCAGCACAUUGUCUUGCUGCUCCUGGGACCUGUCACAGGCACCUGGUGAGGGCAUGGGGAGGCGCAGGCUCCCUGGGAUUUUGUUUUAUUAUGGUUUGGGGUUUUUUUCUUUGAAAGGUGGAAAGGAAGAUAUUCCUCCAUCUCUUAAGAACAGGACGCUCAAAGACAGACCCGAAACAUUUUUCCAUAGAUUGACUUCCCAGAUGUUGUUUUUGCUAAGCCCUUUUCCACUGGUCCAGAAAAGUAAGGAGGCUUUGACAUGAAAAAUAAUUGGGCUUUGUCAGUAGUCUGUCCUAACAGUGUCUCUGCUCUUGUAACCUGUGGUCUGAUGUUUUCCUGCAAGGUGAAGUAAAAUGGUUCUGAUUCUGAUUGGGAAUCACUUUUUAAUUCAGAUGGAGCUUAUCUUAGGACACUAAAUCUAAGUGGUGCAUCAGUUCUCUGUGUUUCUUAAAAAUAAUAGAUUGCAUAUUUAUUUCAGUUCACGGCUUAUCUCUGCCUAGGUGUAGUUACCAAUGGAGUGGCAGCCACUGGGCUGUGCAGAGAGCAGGAAGGUUAGGAAUGAGUCGGUCCUCAGGCUCAAGCUGACUAAGCCAACUGCAGGUCUGGGUGUUCUGUGGUGAGACCCUUGAUCAAACUGAUUUCCUUAAUGCAGUAGCUCUCAAAGGGGCUGCCUCAGCUGGUGAAAUGAGUUCCAUAACAGUGAGUGGUUCCAUGGUUUCUGGAUGAUAAAUACACGGGGAUCAAAGCAGCAGCCACACUGUGCGUUACAUGUUUGUCUGGACUCUGAGGAGGGAAGCAAACCCGCCGUUCUUGCUCUCUUCAAAUGGCAUUGUGUGUGCAGUGGUGGGUUUGGCUUUCAAGACAAACUAGUGAAAAAUUAAGCCCUGGCUUCUUUAUAUAUAAAGAUGCUAAUCCUUCUCAUUCCAAACAUUCACACAGUACCACAUUAGUUUUCUCUGCUGGGAAAACUACAUUACUUCAUAUCUGUGAAAACUGGAAGGACCUUAUCAACUUAUACCUGUUGCAACACUUCAAUGUCCACAGAUCCAUUUGGCUGGAUAGGAUUCAUUCCAGAGUACUGAAGAAGCAAUCAGGACAUAUGGCAGGACCCUACUUGAUCAUCUACCAAAGGUCUGGGGAGGUCCCUACUGACAGGAAGGUAGCCAACCUUAUUCUAAUGUGUAGAAAGGGUAUGAGGGAAGAACCCAGGGAAGUACAGACUGUGAGUCUAACUGCAGUUCCUGGGAAAAUUAUGGAGAUUAUACCGGGUACUGUUGAAACGAGUUUAAAGAAUAAUGCAGUCAUCAGGCACAGUCAGCAUGGGUUCACAAAGGGAAAGUCCUAUCCAGCCAAUUUGAUAUCCUUUUAUGAUAAGGUCACCCGCUUAGUGGGUGAACAGAAAGUGGGGCAUGGAAUGUUUCUGGAUUUUAGCAAGGCUUUUGAUACCAUCCCUCACAGCAUCCAUCUGGACAAGCUGUCCAGCUGUGGGAUGAGCAGGUUCAUGGUGUGCUGGGUGAAGAAUGGGCUGAAGGGCAGAGCUCAAAGGGCUGUAGUGAAUGGCGCUAGAUCUGGCUGAUGAACAGCCACCAGCAGUGUUCCUAAGGGCUCAGUUCCAGGGGUAGUCCUGUCCAAUGUAUUUAUCACUGAUCUGGAUGUAGGAGUUGAACACACCAUUGGCAGGUUUGCUGAUGAUACCAAACUGAGAGGAGCUGUUGACAGAUGCUUUGCAGAGGGAUCUGAAUAGACUGGAGCCUUGGACUGUGACUAAUGGGAUGAAAUUUAAUAAGUUCAAGUGCCAGAUUCUGCACAUGGGACAAAGUAACACCAGGCACAAGUAUAAAUAGGGAGAGGAGUAGCUGGAGAGCGCCCUGCAGAGCGGGCCCUGGGGGUGCUGGUGGGCAGCAGCUCAGUGUGAGUCAGCAGUGUGUGCCCGGGCAGCCCCAAGGGAAAACCUGGCAAAUCCUGGGGAGCAUCAAACAUGGCAUCAUCAGCCAGUCAGAGGGAGGGGAACAUCCCACUGUGCUCAGUGCUGGUGUGGCCUCACAUGGAGUGCUGGGUGCAGUUCUGAGCUUCACCAUUUCAGAGGGGUGUGAAGGUCCUGGAAUGAAUCCAAAGGAACACAAAGCUGGUGGAAGGGCUGGCAGGUGUGUCCUGUGAGGAGCAGCUGAAGGCUCUGGGCUUGUCUGCUUUGGAGAGACAGAGACUCAGGCUCAACCUUAUCACUCUGUGCAGCUCCCUGAGGAGAACAGAGGGAGGUGCUGAUCCCUUCUCCCUGGGAUCUAUCGACAGGACACAUGGGAAUGACUCAAAGGGGCAACAAGGGAGGUUCAGACUGGACAUCAGGAAGGGUGGUCAGACAGUGGAACAGGCUUCCUGGAGAGGUGGUCGAUGUCCCAAGCCAUCGCUGUUUAAGAGGCAUUUGGACAAUGCCCUUAACAACAUGCUUUGACUUCUGGUCAGCCCUGAAGGGAUCAGGCAGUUGGACUAUUCUAUUCUCUUAUUCCUUUAUGUUGAUUUCACUAUUAAUUUUACUGGUGGUGUGUCAAGGUUAAAUGCAAUCCUGAGUAUUCGUGAUAGAAUAUGUCAGCUGUGGUUUUGUUUUGGUUUCUUCAUGCUGUACAUCAUUUCUGAAGCAGUAACUGUGUCAGUAACUUUCACCCUUUUCUGUUUACAAAGAUGACCAAAAAUAGCACCCUUGUUCACAGGACACCUGUAGUGCAGGUAGUCGCAGCAUGGGCAUUCCAACCAUAUGAAGACUAUUGCCAUUUUGCAGGAACUGCACAAUUUUGUGGUGUGUGGCUCAAAAGUAACUACUGUGUGACCCUUGGUCUUCUCCAGAGGAUUGUACCUUGCAGUGUUGACAGGGCAUGGCGAUUCCUGUGUAGUCACCACACCACUUUGUCAUCCUUCUCAGGGCUUUUUCUGAACCCUGCCGAGACCAGGAUGGAGAAAUAUUUCAUUCCCCUCCUUGAACAUGGCAAUUUCUGUUGAAGUUCAACCACAUACCUGUGUGAGUCUUUUUACAUGCCAUAAGUGAUGCUAAAUGAUCCUGUGGCCCUGGUGUGGGAUCAGGAAGACUACUGUGAAGAGAAAGGUAGGCAGACCACUCACUGAGAGCUUUGUAUGAACACAUUCGUCCAAAUUCUGGUAUUUGCGCUGCAGACUGGCUUUUAGAUAACUUUAUUAAAGAAAGAUUGGCUCUGUUGUGCAGUCUUUUGGUCUAAUUGCCUGUCCAAGAUGGGCUUUGAAUGCUGAAUCUGACCUGGUCCGCUGGUUUGAGAUCAGCCUGUGCAUUUCAGCUUCUCACAUGCUCAUUCUCUUUUGCCUUCAGGAAGAACAGUGGAGGGACUGGAUAUUUCACAUCAAAAGAGAGGGAAUUAGAUGUUAAGUAAUUUCUGUUAAAUUUUAAUUAUUAAAUUGCUUUGGGUUUUUUCCUUGUCACCAUAAAUUAAUCCCACCUGCCAUUCCAUAUCAACCAGCCUUCUUGCACUUAGUUGUGAAGGUCAGUUUGUGCCACUGACAGGUCAGUGGCUCAGUUCCUCUCGCAGGGCUCUGCUCUCGGGAAGAGGAGCGAUUGCAACAUCUUUACCAUGGAGUGGAAACAAUUGCUUCUUUAUUUUUCCUUUCUCCUACCCUUGAACCUGUUGUGUUUAGCUAUCGGGUUGAUAACGCUCGUUUUACCUCAAUCUGUGCCUGGGAGAGUAGUUUGAAAAAGGAGCUUCUGUAAGUUUUGCAGAUUGAAUGAUUUUGUUUUACUUGUUAUAACAAUUUGAUAAGCAAAUACAUGUUCUUCAGCAAACAUCUAUGACAACAGUUAUUUACCUUUUUCUCCUAAGAAUUACCUGUUCCCUUGGUUUUCAAGAUAUAUUUGUAAAAGACUAUACUUGGAAAAGUUGCAAUUUGUUAGCCUGAGAAUGCCAUUUUCUCUUCCAUAAUAUGUUUUUGAAGGUUACUUAUAUUAAGACGGGGUUUUUGUUUUGGCUUUGAAGGAAGGAAAAAUACUCAGUAUUGCUUAAUUUAGCAAAAUAAGCAGUGGAAGGGAAAGGUUGGGCACUACCUCUGGGGUGAGACUGCCACAGCUGACAAGCAUUGUGUGGCUGUGGCUUUCAGCUUGGCCUAAAUGACUUCAACAAAUAGUACUGGGCUGGAUUGCAUGUAUGUCAGUGUAGUCCAUGAUCAAUCCCUUACGCAGCCUAGGAAUAAGAACAGAGACCGGCUAAGUUGAAAGCAGGCAAUAAAAUAGUAUUAAUACUGCAUUAAUAUUUAUACACCUUUUCAUUAAGAGAAAAGACCUCAUUUAAGAACAGCUAAGGGAAAUGAGAACUGAAGUGAUUUGAGCUGGUGGCCGAGCCGUACUGGAAUGGGUUUUCCAGCUCCUGCUCCCAGCUCCAGUCACUAUGCUGCUGCCCAGGUGGAAGAGCACCUCUCUGAAAAAAAGUAAAUACUGUGCUAGUCCAGAGCCUCCUGAAUUUUGCACAGAUUUCCUACUGCACUUUAAAGCUGCGCUGGUGCUGCUGUGGUUGGUGACUGUAGUGCUGUUGCAGAAAACAGAUUGUGUGGCAGGGCAACGGUAGAGGGCAUUGCUGGAGAAAAUGGGCCAUUUAAUUACUUCCGGUCUCCUGUUGUCUUUUUACGUUAUUCUGAGGUACUUGUGCAGCCCUGGCUCAAGGACUCCGUCACAUACUCAUGCUGUUUCUGGAUGACUGAGUGUAGUCAGCUGUGCUAAGAGCUUUUGCCAUUCCCCUAAUAAGUUUCAUGCUCAUCACUUUAAUAAUGAUCCCACUUUAACUGGCAAGACAGAAUAGCAUUGAGUCUAUUUAUAACAAAUCAGUCAAAUUUGGGUUGUUUUCUGAUACAGUGCUAUAAGGAGCUCCACUCUUUAUCAUCACCUGGCCUGUUAUUGUCCACCACUGGUCCUUUCUCCCACUGCCAUGAUCCAGCAUGGGUAGCAGUCUCAUGGACAAGAGUGCCAGUGCAGAGACAGGUUUGCGUGUGAAGGUGUUUUCAACUUCUACUGCCUCUGCAAUACCAAGUAAAUCUAAAACCUCAGAGCACCAACACUUUAUUGCCACUAGUUACACUGAGAGCAAGUUACUCUAUGAACUGGUGAAAGAUGCAGUGGAGUUUUUUGGUCAUGACAAUACAAAUUCAUAUUCUCUCUGCGAACAAACUCUGCUUAGUUACACAAAAGCCAUUUAUUACAUACUGAUACCAGUUUUUAUGAGAUAAAUUAAAAAAAAGGCAUUUCUUUCUGCCACACCAAAAUUAUCUUUACAAGCAGGUUUCCAAGUUUGCAAUAUGUGCUGCUGUUCCAGCAAUCACAAGUGUGAAACAGUGGAGCUCAUGGUGGGUUGGGCCCUGUUCCUGCCUGCUCACUGUGAGAAGGGAAGCAAAUACGGAUUUUGCCACAGGAGAUUAAUCAAAGAUGCUGUUGCCCUCCACAGUGUAAAUUAUUUAUAUUCAGUCCAGAGUUUUCUGCUGUGCUUCUGUUUUAUACAGCUGUAAAUGACUUGGAUACAGUCCCAGUGGAAAGUCCUUACUAUUUUGUAAUGGAAAAAAGGAACUCUGCAGUAGAAAUCUAUAAUGAAUGAACAGGAACAUCAUCUUCCAAUUGUAAAUAAGAUCUUGCUCUGUUUAUUUUGACAUCUUUUUACAAAUGUGUUACAUUCAGGUGUAAAUAUCCCAAACCAUGAUCUUGUUCAGAGUUCUGAGAUUUCUAUUGUUAAAUGUAAUACUUUGUUUAAUAGUUGUAAUAAUUAUUUGUAUAGAUAUGAACAUAAUAGUAUUUUAUUAAAAAAAAGAGAAAAAC